CCGUCGCUGCGAACGGAUGUAGGUCGAGUCCUGCGCAGACGCUUUUUAAACAAAAAAUUUUAUCCAUACUAUCGAAGAGUCUAAGUAGCUAAUAUUGUGAACAUUCGAGACACCGUGUAUAUAUGAUUCGUAGAGAUAUCUAUUAGAUAUAUCAAACUUGCAGGGUUCCUGUCGAUUUUGUCAGUGCUGACUAUUCCAAGCUGCUUUAGAAUGCAGGUACUAGUAUAGUACGGGUAUAGGAGGCGCUAGUAUAGUACUGAUGAGUGACGCCAGAGGGAAGAAAAUCGUCGUUAUUUAUUGCUCGCGUCUUUAUUUAAAACCUAUUGUAUGCUUAAAAUUUGACAGGCCAGUUGGUCCUGAGUAGAGACUUGAAGUUCGCGGUAUUGAGAUUGGUGUUAGUGGGCUUUUAGUGAGGACUGAUAUUUAUUUAAAUAAAAUAACACCGGCCGUUGUCAGGAGCGAACUACCAAUCGGUCGUACGGUCAACGGAAAAUUUCGAAUACGGUUAAGUCAUUCGGGGAAUAUUUCACUGGAGCGUGAAAACUCGAGUGUAAAUUAUCUGAACGUUGUGAGCUCGGACUUAGAAUGUCUUAUAACAAAUAUGUUUGACCAGCCACUAGUAUGCUUGUAUUACAUUGGAUGUGUGUUAAAAUAGUCAGUGAUACGCGUUAACUAUUUAUAACAAUCACCGGUCGACAAUUUUAUUGAAAAACAGCUCGAUGCGACACUUGAACAUCACAUAAAGAGAUUUCGUGGCUUCUUAGUGCAGUGACUGUUCUGAGAAUUAUAAAAAAUCGUGACAUUUAUAAAUAGUGCCACAAUCGCUCCCGACGGUUCGUGAGACGCCUGAUGUCGACCGAACGUUUCUCUGGCUCAAGAAAUUACGAUUGCAACGUCGCCAUGAGGAAGCCACGGAUAUGGAAAUAGGUGGUGCAGGAAGACGCGAAGCUGAGAUGCAUUUCUCGAAUUUCGAGAGAAUUUCUUAAGAGGAGGCUGAACAUCGGGGAAAGGAAAGAUGAGAGCGAAGCGCAUCAAGAAGGAAUUGCGUUUCCGUCUCUUAAGGUACAGACAGUGCUUAAAGUACCGGAAGAUAAUUUAGCUUCUCUGAUAAAGCAUAUUGAAGAAAAAAAAAAAAAAAUUAAGGAAAAGGAGUCAGAAGCGAAGGAGGCUGACACCAAGAUCAAAGCGUAUAGGGAAAGAGAUAGUAAAAAAAAAAGGAAAUUUAAGAGACGCUAAAGCCACGGCGUUCGACGAUGAUUUUCUUCAAGGUCCGAACGUUAAUAUACCCGACCAUGUGAUUGGGGCGACCGUCGCCAUUUUAUUUUUGCUGGCUGUGAUUUUAAUUGUAAAAUUAUCGUUAAGUCGUUCUCGCGUUAAACAACAAGAAAAAUUAUAAGAGUAUAUAUAUAUAUAUAUCUAUAUGUAUAUGAAGGCUGAUUACAGUAUAUUUACGUCGAUAACGUUUACGUUAAAGAAUUAUAAGUUUCGAGAUAUAAAUGAGCAAGGGAAAUCACCGCGCAUCCGCGGUCAUUAAACCUCAUUUAUUUACGAGCUCUAAUCGAAUCUAACAGGAAACUAAUUAAACGCGCUGUAAAUACAAAUAGUGGCAGAAGUUAAUUGUCAUUAGUUAUCGUUAACUUAAUAUCGUUGUGGUAAAAAUGGAGGAAGUGAAAAUUAUGCGCGAUUAAAUAGUUGGCACGUUUUAUCAUACGCGAACACUGCUAAUUAACUGAGAAGCUCGAGUUGAUAUAACCAAAAAAGAAAAAGAAGAGAAAUUUUAACCAAAGAAAAUAAGAUCGCUUGUAUUUCCUGAUUGUGGUCUGAUAAACGAAUAAACUCUGCUGGUGGAUAUUGGGAAAACAAAAAUACAAGUCCAAGAGUAGAAACAUAUCUCAUAACAUUUUCAAGUUGCCGUUGACUUGAGAUACGUGAAAAAAAAAAAUAUAAAGAAAAAAUAUAUAAAAGCAAGAGAGCCGUGACGUAUCUUCGCAUCUCGUAUCCGCAUAUCUUGUGGCAUUGCGUUUUUGUCAGAUUGUUAAAAAUAUUUUUCACUUUCAAAGAAAAAUUUGAAGGACCCUCGUAACCGAGGAGUUCCGACGUCGGAUUCGUCGUUUGAAAUUUGUGAAAAAACUGUAGUAAAAAAUCGCGCGGGAAUUUCAAACGAACCAACCGGAGGCCUACCAACGUGAAGGAGAAAGAGAGAAAAAGCGAGGUGACGGAAAUCCGUGAAAAUAAAUUUUCGAUAAACGCAUGUAUAAAUCCGAGCACGUCACAGCCUGGGGGAUGAGAGAAACCGAGAUUAAUCCUAUCCCAAAACCCUAAUAAAUUCUUCCUAUUUCAACAGUGGCAACGUUCUUUUUUUAUCGCCGUGUCUCCUCGAUAUCUUUUUUGUUCUCUCUCUCUCUCUCUCUCACACACACAUCCAUUCUCCACGAACAAGAACGGUGAUCGAAAACUCAUUCCAUCAACUCUGAGGAGUAUCGAGGAAAAAAAACAAAGAAUAAGAAAAGUUAAGUUCGAUACACGCAGGCGUGCUCUUCUUCUACGUAUCAGUGCGGGAUGAGGGCUGGUGAGCAUUAUAGAUCAGCGAUAAAAUUCAGUGAAUUUCAAUAUUCGUAUAACUAAUUAAAUCGGUACGAAAAACAACCACGAGAUCUUAUUGGACGACUAAACAAAAAUGGCGGUCGCGAAGAUCGACUAAGAUGCGUGAGCUCAACGUAUCCGCCUGUAACGCGCUGUACGGGGGCGUCGAGUGGUCAGGGUCAGGUAUCGUAGUGACCCUGGUCGUUCUCGCAAUCGUCAACGUCAUGGUGGUCCUCGGUAACGUCCUGGUGAUCCUCGCCGUUUGCCACACCACCAAACUUAGAAACGUCACCAACAUGUUCAUCGUGAGCCUGGCUGUAGCAGACUUGAUGGUCGGCGUGGCCGUCCUACCCUUCAGCGCCACCUGGGAAGUGUUCAAGGUUUGGAUCUUUGGCGACCUAUGGUGCUCCAUCUGGUUGGCUGUUGACGUUUGGAUGUGCACUGCCUCCAUACUGAAUCUCUGCGCCAUCAGUCUUGACAGAUAUUUAGCAGUUACCAGACCAGUUAUUUAUCCACAGAUUAUGUCACCAAAAAGGGCUAGGUUACUAGUGGCCGCUGUCUGGGUGUUAAGUUUUGUCAUAUGCUUCCCACCCCUGGUUGGCUGGAAGGACAAGAAGUCACACCCAUCGCACAACACAACUUUUUCCCAGAGUGGAAGAUUCAAUUCCACCAGCAUCUUCGUACCGGUCAAACCAUGUCCUUGGAUAUGUGAAUUGACCAAUGAUGCAGGUUACGUCGUUUACAGCGCUCUGGGUUCUUUUUACAUACCGAUGCUGGUUAUGCUUUUCUUCUAUUGGAGGAUCUACAAUGCAGCCGUUUCCACCACCAAGGCCAUCAAUCAAGGUUUUCGAACCACCAAAGGCUCAAAAGUGCUCGGAUCUAGAUUCGACGAGCAGCGUCUUACCUUAAGGAUCCACAGAGGACGUGGAAGUGUUCACAAUGGCAGCAAUAACGGAAGUCCACGAAGUCCUGAAUCGAGUCGUAGCUCGGUCAGAAGGGAAAAAAUAAAAAUUUCCGUUUCUUAUCCCAGCACCGAGACACUCAAUACAAAGUGUAAUACUCUAGAGCGCACACCGUCAAAAUGCUCCCAGAUUUCGGUACAUUACAGUAAUGGACAGACCCAGAGUCAGUUAUGUCCAGUUUCCAGAAACACUCAUCUGAAGGUUAGUGGAAUCAACAGGAUUGGCAGCAGUAAAAGACCAAGUCGACGAAGUAGCUGCGAAAGUCAGGUCACCGGGGACGAUGUAUCCCUUCGAGAAUUGACCUCAGGUCCUGACGAGAAACCCAGAGUAACAAAAAUGGGAAAAAGAAACAUAAAGGCUCAGGUGAAGAGAUUCCGCAUGGAAACAAAGGCAGCAAAGACCCUGGGCAUCAUCGUCGGAGGUUUCAUCCUCUGCUGGCUUCCAUUCUUCACGAUGUACCUGGUGCGCGCCUUCUGUCCGGGUUGCAUCGACAAAACAGUCUUCAGCGUACUCUUCUGGCUAGGCUACUGCAACUCCGCGAUAAAUCCUUGCAUCUACGCUCUCUUCAGCAAGGACUUCCGGUUUGCUUUUAAGAGAAUAAUAUGCAAGUGCUUCUGCAAGCGUCGUGCCAAUGCGUUACGACGUGGAAGCGACGGGAGUCAACUAGCCAGCAGAAACGAACGUAGUCCUAGCUACACAAUUAGGAUACCUCACCAUGGGAUCUCAAUCGAGGAUUCUGAUCCUGAUCCUGGAUCAGAUUUGAACGCUCAUUCACAAAGUGACUCCAGAUGACUGUAGCAAGUCAGGCCUGGCGCUCAUAAUCAGCGCGUGGCUUUCAAUCUCAGAACCUGCGAGAUCAACUUCGGUCCCUCCUGAGGUAAUUUCAAUGCACGCGGCUCCCUAUGGGGCUGGUGAGCCGCGUUCAUUCGUACCUAUCAGCGACCUCUCAAGGCUUCAGGAUUGCCUAAUAUCCUUUGGGCUGCAUACUCCGGCCAGACUGACACAAUGGAGCUAACAUAAUGUCCUUCCUAAUGACGCGACUACGACGCUACGCUAUUCAAUACAAAUCCAUACUUGACAAGUUACUCUAGUCGGUGUCCAUCAGUAUAUGCAAAUUAAUUAAUUAUAAGCGAAUGAACAAAACGCAUUAUGUCAUAUAGAAAAUUGCAAGGUAUCAAACAAAUACACAUAUACAUAUAACUAAA